UUCCAGCGUAAAUUUGCUGAUUAUUUAUUUAUGUAUUUUUUUCAAUUUUACAGUGCGGAUAUCUUUCUUUUUUGUUAAUCUGUAAUUUCUCAAAAUGCUCCAAAGCGGCAUUUUGUUUGUUUUGAUUUAUAGUCAUAUCAGCGUCAUUCUGAGUAAAGAUGAUCCCUGCAAUAGCUUUCUUGAAAUAAACGAUACCACGAUGUCAGUAGCUUAUACAGUGAGUGACAAUGACCCGAUAUCCUGUAAGAAACUCAAGCCAUUUUUAUGGUACAGAUACAUUGGAUCAGACAAGGGAUACUUGACAAAUGUUUGUCCAAAUAAAGGACAAUGUGGAAGUCGGUCACAAAUUUGGUUCAAAGGCACUGUGCCAAGUGUGGAUGAUGGCGAAACACUGGCACGUGUUUGCAUUAGUAAAGAUGGCUCAUGUUGCAAUUUACACAGCCGAUUAAAGAUAAAGAAUUGUACUGAUUUCAUUGUAUACUUUGUGAUUCCAACCUCUCCCUGUACUCAUUACUGCUUUGCAGAGUUCAUUAACCAAUGCGAUUUCUCUAAUCAGUGUACUAGGCAUCUGUUUCAACGAAGUAAUGAUAAAUAUAAUGCUAUUGUUAAUUGUCAUAUCUGUUUCUAG